AUCGUAAUUUUAUGAAUCAAUUGACUGUUUCGUCAGAUUGAUGUUGAAUAUGCAAUAAGGCAAGAGUCUUAUUCCGAAAAUCUCGAUGUCCGCCACUGAGGAUGACAGUGUUCCAUUGUGAUUCGACAAUGAUCAAGAAAGUAACCAAAAUCAUGAUAUGAGUAGCGGUGACAUAGAUGAAAUAUUGAAAAGGCUAUCAACGAAAUUCAACAAGAUAUUUUACGAUAGGGAGUUCGUAUGUUGUGUACAAGAAGAUCUCCAAGUCAUUCUCAGAAACAAAAACAAAUGUUGUGUUGUUGUCUUUCCUCUCUUGGGACCAAACUAUUUGAAGGCAGUUCGAUACCACGCUAGGAUAUUUGACCUUGCAGUUUUUCUCCUUGGCUGUGACAAGACUUGUUCUAUUGCAAUAUGUCAUAGAGAGCAUUUACUAAAACAAACAAACGAAUUGGAAGAGCAGACCAUGCCAGAGAGAGAACAGGAAAGUGGUAGCAAACUCAGAAGAAAAAGACCAGAGAGGCAACUGUAUGUACCUCCAGCUCAAAGAAGGUUUCAUGUGAAAUUUUCAACGCAAGAAUCUAGAGUAGAGGAUGAGAUUUCUUCAAAAAUAGACAAGCAGUCUUGCAAAAAAAAAGAAACAUCUAAAUUGACAAAAAUUAAAAUAGAAACUAAAUGCAACGAGUAUGGAAACAGUAAAAAUGAUUCUGCAAAAUGUUGUAUCAACUUUGAAAAAGUUCUAAAUGACCUUCAGGCUGUUGUAAAGAAUAGUGCCUGUUUUAAUAUGUGUUGGAAAUAUGAGUUAUUUGAUAAUACUUCAGUUUCCAGUUUCAGGCAUGUUUCUUUCAGAUAUUGUUUGAAUGAAUUUACUGUGUUUUCGUAUUGUCACAAACCGAAAAUGUAUAUUUUGAAGAAGGAUUAUUUUCUGUGGCAGCCUAAACUGAAUAUUAUUCUUAGUGAAGGUGUGGGUGCCAAAUUUAAAGUGAUUUUUGAUGAUUUUCAAAUGCCGCCAACCGAGUGUCAAUGAGAGGGUGAAGUCAAAGAAUGAUCACGAAGAAGAGAAGGAAAUCAUGAGAAAAACCAAAGAAAAUAUCAACAGAAAAACCCGUCCAAUUAUCAAAUAUAUAGAUGAUUCAAAUAACACCUUGAAGAUAGGCAGGAAUGAUAAUAUCAACAAUUGGGAAGAUUUGUUUGAUGAAGAAGGGCAGUUGGAAGAAGACUUGCUGAAAGAGAUUAUUCACAAAGUGGGGAGUGAGGUGACGAUUGUCAAAGCUAAAGAAGACUAUUCGGAUUAUAUGUGCAAGCAAAUCGAAGAGCUUGAACACAUGGUAGAACUUUACGAUUUCCCGUCGAGUUUUGAAACUCACGAUAUAAUCCAGGCUUUCAAUGAUAUCAAAAGUGAUGCAAUGUACGUCAAAUGGGUGGACGAUACUCAUGCGAUACUCGUUUUAGGAUCCCUUUCACAAGCUCAAAAGGCUGUGAAUUUGAGUAACUCACUUAUCAAAGUUCGACCCAUGGCAGCAGCUAGUCGAGUAUCUCUUGCGACAGCAUAUCAAAGCGACUUGAAACCGGCGAUGAAAAGACCUCCAACUAAUCUGCAAACUGCUAGACGAUUGAUUACGUCUCAUCUGGGACAGAAGAGUAGUAUUAGCAGAGAAAAGAGUGCCAGAGAAAGGGAUGACCUGAGAGCUGCUCGGGAAAUGAAGAAGCUAGUCAAAAAAAAUGAACAGGAUGCUUGGGAAGGUAGUCUGCGAUCAUCCAUCAGUUGAAACGAAGAGAAAUAUUACAUUUCUAGAUUAGUGCCUUAUAUAUGUAACAUACUGUAUUUAUUAUAUUCAGAAACAUAUUUGUUUAUCGUGAUUUAUUUUAACUGUUGAUGUCAAUUAAAUUUAUCACAAUAUUUUUCAUUUAUAAAAAUAUGACAUAGUUGUGAAGUAUUCGUGAGUACCUUAAAAACUGUUUACACAAAUGACCUGAAUUAUGAAUAAAAGAUCUAUUUUUAUUCGAUUAAA